ACGGGGUGAACUGGUUGGGUGAGGAAGCAGGUGAUGAUGUCACAGAAGAAUGCAGCAAGUGCCAGUAGUCUGGUAUCACAGGUGAACACGCUCCCAGCUGAGGUGCUGAUGGACAACCCGGCGUACACAGACAUCAUUAUACCUGCGUCCCCACCCCCUUCCUACCAGGAGGCCAGUGCGUGUCCUCCCCAAAGAACCCAGGUGCCAAGCACACCUCCUCCUGCCUACACACCUGGAGGCUUACCUCCCAGCUACAGAGAAACAGAUCGUCGCCAUGGGAACAGAGCGGAUCCAUACCCUGUCCUCUCCAUCCCAGGAAAUGGAGUGACUCAUCAAGAAGUACAUGCCAGUCCAGUGGUAGUAGUGACCCAGCCCACAUCAGCACUGGGGGACUGUCCCAUGGCCACCGUGUGUCCACACUGCCACCGCCAGGUCACCACCAGCGUUACACACAAGGCUGGCAUGGCAGCGUGGUCCAUGUGUAUGCUUCUCACACUGCUGGGGUUGAUAUGUGGAUUCUGCCUCAUCCCAUUCAUGAUCGACGGUUGCAAGGACGUUCACCACUCCUGCCCACAGUGCCAUCGUCACCUUGGCAUUUACGUACGGAAAUAGCACAGGCCACACACACACACACACACGCACGCGCACU